AAACAGACAAGCAAUGACUUUAUUCUGCAUUUGCGCUUUCAAUUGAUACACAGCUGUCUUUUGCAAACCUAUAUUCAAACUGUUCAAUUUACUAAGAAAAACUAAAUACUUCAAAAUGGUUUUAUCACAAGAAGAAACAACUUUGCGCUGGGCAAAAUUAACUGAACAUGCUUUCGAGCCAACCAAAGGAUCCGAACAGGCUGCCGGACUUGAUUUGCGAAGUGCAUACGAUGCAGUUGUUCCAGCUCGUGGCAAAGCUUUGGUGAAGACUGACAUUCAAAUUGAAGUACCAGUUGGAACGUAUGGCCGUGUUGCACCGCGUUCAGGUUUGGCAUGGAAAAAUUUCAUCGAUGUUGGUGCCGGAGUCAUCGACCAAGACUAUCGUGGAAAUGUUGGUGUCAUUUUAUUCAACCAUUCCGACGUUGAUUUCGAUGUGAAAAAAGGUGACCGGAUCGCUCAAUUGAUCUGCGAACGUAUCGUCUACCCAAAUUUGAAGGAAGUCGAUAGUUUAACAGAAACAACUCGUGGUGAAGGUGGCUUCGGAUCGACUGGAACAAAAUGAAAUUUUGUUUUCAUUUGUCCAUGGAUUAAAUCCUGAAACUUAUUCGUACCAUGUCGAACAUGCCAUUACAUACAUUUUCUAGAAAGAAUAAAAAAAAUACACAGUGAUACUUACAAAUAACCUCAAAAACACAUCAUAUAUUCAAAAUACACAUCUCAACAUUUAGAUUUUACAUAGCAUUUUUAUGCAUCGAAUUUAAACUGAAAUGUUGUUUUCUAUGAAUAAAAAGAAUUCCAUUUCGUAAGCAAAAAAAA